ACAGCAGCAGAUAGUUGUUGUUUAAUUCCUUUCCUGAGGCUCCUCAGCUUCCCAGGAGGGAAAAACCCUGGCAAAGGAUUUUUUAUAAAAUGCCAUAGCUGCAGAGCAGGAGAGUGAAGGCAGCAGGGGCUCCCCGUGCCACCCUGGGGCUUUGCUGUGCAGAUGGUGCUGAUCCCAGGAGGGGUGUUCACCAUGGGCACCCAGGAGCCUCAGAUCCAGCAGGAUGGAGAGGGCCCUGCCCGCAGAGUGCACCUUGGCAGCUUCUACAUGGACCAGUACGAGGUCAGCAACCUGGACUUCGAGAGCUUUGUCAACUCCACGGGCUACGUCACCGAGGCAGAGAAGUUUGGUGACUCUUUUGUGUUUGAGGGGCUGCUGAGCGAGGCAGUGAAGGCUGACAUCCACCAAGCAGUGGCAGCUGCUCCCUGGUGGUUGCCUGUGAAAGGAGCCAGCUGGAGGCACCCUGAGGGCCCUGACUCCAACAUCUCCAGCAGAAUGGACCAUCCAGUCCUUCAUGUUUCCUGGAAUGAUGCCGUGGCCUUCUGCACGUGGGCAGGGAAGCGGCUGCCGACGGAGGCUGAGUGGGAGUACAGCUGCAGAGGGGGCCUGGAAAACAGGCUUUUCCCAUGGGGCAACAAACUGCAGCCCAAAGGGCAGCACUAUGCCAAUAUCUGGCAGGGAGAAUUCCCCACCAACAACACAGCAGAGGAUGGCUACAAGGGGACUGCACCUGUCUCUGCCUUUCCCCCCAAUGCUUACGGCCUCUACAACAUGGUGGGCAACGCCUGGGAGUGGACAUCAGACUGGUGGGCUGUGCUCCACUCCCCCCAGGAGCUCCACAACCCUCACUUCACCAUGAUCCUCUGACAGUUUCCUGCAGCCUGGAUGCUUUGGGUUUCAUGGGAUUUAUGAAGAGCAACACCUGAUGUUCCUAAGGACCUCUUUUUGGUUAGCAUGGAGUUAAAACAAGUUUUUAAAUCAGUAGGAGUUUUAGAUGCAGUACUUAAAAUUGAUGUAGGCUUCUAAUGGUGUUUUCAUGAUAGAACUUGAGUGAUACUUGCAGAGUGGAAAGUAUGGAUAUGACUUUGUUUUUUUAAGUUUUAGAAUGGCUUUUGAUCCAGAAAGGAUAUGGAGCUCUGAGUAACCUGGUCUAGGGAAAGAUGUUCCUGCCCAGGGCAGGGGGUUGGGACUGGAUAAGCUUUAAGGGCCCUUCAGUCCCAAAUCCUUUUACAAUUCCACGGUUCAGUGAUAUCAGGUGUUUGCAGAGGUGGCUGAGGGAUGAAGUGUUUGUUGGUAGCAGACCUGAAAAUCCUUCAGAACUGGCAGGAUGUCACCACAGAGUGAUGGCUGUUCAUGACACAAAACAGUGUUUUAAACUCUGCUCAUGCAGUGCUUAAGAGCCCUCAUUGUACAUCUCCUGUUUCAUUAAAGCUGUCCUGUUCUUCCCUUGCAAAGCCUGUGGCUGGCAAAUCACUCUCAUAAUUAGAUUAAAUUUUCUACAGUGAGAUCCCAUUUUGUACACUGAUUUCCUUCUUAGGUGAAAUCAAUGUCAGAUGUUAAUUAGCAGUUUUGAUUAAAUUAACACUGGAAUAGGCUCUUCAGUGAUGAAUAACAUGACCCAUUUUGAAGGUUUGUGAAGAUUCUAGUCUGCCCUAGUCUUUUUUUGUAGGUGAUAAAACUAGGCUGUGUAUCAAGACAAAGCCACUGACUGCUGUUAGUACAAGGGCCCUUUAUUAGGUGCCUGACAUCAGCUCAGACUGAUUUUUGCUGGUGCUCUUCUCCCUCUCAGAGCUGACAGAGCCUGAAGCUGCACCUUUUUACAUCCCAUCCCAAAAGUCUGGCACCUCAUUCAGGGAAAUGUUCAGUACCUGUCCAUUCCAGUGGGGCCUUAGCACAUGGAUACACAGCUCAGCCUCUGAGGGAGCGAAUGUAGUUUUGGCUUUUUCCCAGAGCAGGGGAGAUUCUUGGCUGACCCUUUAUCAGACCCUUUGCCACUCAGUCCAGUUUUUGUGUCAGCUGGAGGCUGUGUAGGAUUCCCUCACUUCUAACGCAGUGAUUUCCAUCCGUGGCUCUUCUCCCUCUCAGAGCUGACAGAGCCUGAAGCUGCACCUUUUUACAUCCCAUCCCAAAACUCUGGCACCUCAUUCUAGAAAAUGUACCUGUACAUUCCAGUGGGGUCUUAGCACAUGGAUACACAGCUCAGCCUCUGAGGGGAAGCUGAAUGGUGGUUUUGGCCUUUUCCCAGAGCAGGGGAGAUUCUUGGCUGACCCUUUAUCAGACCCUUUGCCACUCAGUCCAGUUUCUGUGUCAGCUGGAGGGUGGGUAGGAUUCCCUCCUCUCUAACGCAGUGAUUUCCAUCUGUGGCACUUCAUUGAUCUGUCCCACAUUUGCUGUAUUAAUCUAACUAACUAAUCUGUCCAUCUAACACACUGUUUCCUGAGGG